AUGGACGGUCCACCUCCGCCGGAGGAAGACUUCAGUCAACUCCCGAUCGCAGACCGCAUUACUCACAAGAACUGGAAGGCAAGGGUAUCGGGUUACGAAACUCUCAUCAAGACCUUUCAGAAUACUGCUUCCGAUACAGACCCUGCAUUCAGGCCCUAUCUCAACAAUCCGGAUACUCUCAAGAAAAUAAUUACAGACUCAAAUGCUGUCGCACAAGAGAAGGGCGUCGAAGCAGUCGUGGCUUUCGUCAAAUUCGCAGGCGAAACUGCAGCGAGAACGCGGGAUUUGAUUGUCCCCGCCCUAGUCGAUAAGUGCUUUGGUUCUGCCAGAGCAGGUACGAAGAAUCAAGCUAUUGAGCUUGCGUUGCAAUACAUCGAGGUUGAGAAUGGUGGUACAGGCGUCGUGAGCGAUAUACUCCCUGGCCUAAACGCCAAACAGCCGAAGGUUGUUGCAGGAUGCAUAAUGACUUUAAAUGGAUCAAUCAAGGCGUUUGGCACUCAGGCAGUUCCACCACCGCCAAUACUGAAAGUCUUACCAAAGGUUUUCGCGCAUACUGACAAGACCGUUCGUGCAGAGGGCACAAACCUCGUACAGACUUUGUAUCAAGGCAUCGGUCCUGCAAUUGAACCUUGGUUGGCGGACCUUAAACCUGUACAAGUGAAGGAGCUGAAGGAAAGUUUUGAGAAAAUGGACAGUGAGGGAAGGGGCAAAGGUUCGCUGAAGCCAGAACGAUUCACAAGAGCCCAAGCUCGUGAAAUGGAAGCUGGGGGUCAGGAGGAAGAUGUCCCUCAGGAAGAUCCUGGACUUAUGGACCCACGCGCGUUUGCUGAGGAGGUCGACAUUAGUGAUAAAAUUCCGUCAGGUUUCCAAGCUGCCAUGACUUCUUCAAAAUGGAAAGAACGCAAAGAAGCACUGGACGAGCUACUGGCGGUGCUCAAUUCGACUCCACGAAUUAAAGACGCAUCGGAGAUCAGCGACAUAGUCAGAGCUCUGUCGGGACGCAUGGGUGAUGCAAAUAUCAACUGUGUCAUGACUGCAGCAAAUUGCAUAGAGGCGCUUGCGAAGGGCAUGAUGAUUGGCUUUGCAAGAUUUCGUGACACAGUCGUUCCGCCAAUGCUGGAAAAGCUGAAGGAGAGGAAGCAAAAUGUCGCCGACGCUAUUGGAAACGCUCUUGAUGCGGUCUUUGCUGCGACCACAUUGCCGGAGAUACUUGAAAACGUCCUUCCUGCUCUCGCUUCCAAGAAUCCGCAGGUUAAAGAAGGGACAUUGAAGUUCUUAUGUCGCUGUCUCGUCACUACGAACGUCCCACCAUCUACGGCACAAAUAAAGCCUCUUUCGGAAGCCCUUGCUACCCUCCUUGAAGAUUCCUUUGAAGGAGCGCGGAAUGAAGCAGCGAUGUGCUUGGGAACGUUAAUGAAAAUUGUUGGCGAACGUCCAUUAAAUGCAAUCAUGGAUCAAUUAGCCGAGGUUCGCAGGGUGAAGGUCAAGGAGGCGUAUGACAAAGCGAUGGUGAAAUGCAAGGCGGGCGCUGGCCCAGCACCGCGAGCAGCGCCUCCUGCGAAGGCAAAAUUACCAGCAAAGAAGGCACCUGGGCCCGCUCCAUUUGAAGAUGGACUGCUUAAUGACGUUAGUCCUGUAAAACCGAAGGCAAAACUCCCUGCCCGUCUUAUGGCUAAGAAGCCUAUAGCGGAAGACGCACCAGUCACGGAUGUUCCUGAAGCGCUUGCGGAACCACCAAAACCUGCCGCAAAGCCCCCUGCUCGUUUAAUGCAAGCCAAAAAAUCUCCGCCUGCUGCUGCUGCCGCGGUCGCAGCAGCCACUUCCUCCAAGUCUGCGAAACCAUCUGCUCCGGCUGCGCCUGGUGCCCUUGAUACAUUCAAAUUCAAGCAUACCCCCGAAGAUGCCGAAGCCCUUGCAGCUGAUCUGAUUCCCAGUGAACUAGCAACAAACUUUGGCGACUCUAAUUGGAAAUUACGAUUAGCUGCACUUGAGGAGAUGAACGAAUGGAUUGGGGGCGUUGUGGAUUCUGUGGAGAGCGAAGUCAUUGUUAGGUUUUUGAUCAAAAAAGGAGGGAACGAGAAAAAUUUCCAGGUCUCAUCAAAGCUGUACACCAUACUUUCUAUCUUGGCUGAACGGUGCCCAAAUUUUGGCCGAUCCUCUGUAGCUUUGGCGACUCCCCAUUUAAGUGAAAAACUCGGUGACACGAAGCUGAAGAAGCCUGCUGGCGAUACUCUUAUGCUUUUCGCUGAAAAGACGUCAUUGCAAUUCGUUCUAAAUCACGCAUAUGAUUCCCUGACCAAACAGAAGUCUCCCAAAGUUCUUGCCGAUUCACUGACAUGGAUAGAUUCUGCACUCACAGAUUUCGGAGUAGCUGGUGUAUCUCUUCGUGCACUUAUCGAAUUCCUUAAGACUGCACUGGGAAAUUCAAAUGCAGCAGUGAGAACAAGUGCCACCAAGACUUUGGUGACCAUUAAACUCUUCGUUGGUCCAAGUGUCAAGGAACUGCUGGGUGAAAUUAAUCCUCAACUUCUGGCAACAAUUCACGGCGAGUUUGACAAAGUAGAGGGAAGUGCUCCUCCUGAACCCUCCCGGACGUCUGUGGACGUUCAGAAUCUCGGUUCUGGCGGCGGCAGCGGUUCGAGCAAGGCAGCCGCUGGGGCGGUCAACGCUAUGGAUGACUUGUUCCCGCGCGUCGAACUUGAUUCACUGCUUAAAGGCACAACGAUUCUCGCCGGCGCGAAAAGUGAUGCCUGGAAAGUGAAGAAAGAGGCCUUAGAGACAUUGCAAGCCAUCCUUGAUCAAGGUCAGAACAAACGCCUCAAACCGAAUAUGGGUGAAAUUGGGCAGAUCCUCAAAGCGCGUGUGACGGACAUAAAUAAACCGGUGCAGCUCUUAGCGUUGGACAUCGUGGCUCGAAUUGCGGCUGGUAUGGGAAAGCCAUUUGAAAAGCACACACGAUUCUUUGCAUUACCCGUCGCAACAGUCCUGGCUGACCAGAAGGCGAACAUUCGUCAGGCAGGCUUAGCGACACUAACUGCCAUUGCAGAAGCCUGUGAGGGUCUUGAUAGCAUGGUACAUGGCUUGGCAACUGCACUCGAAUCGGCCAAUCCGUUGCAGAGAGGGACUCUUCUACAUUGGAUCGCCGAUUGGUUCAAGGAACACGAGCCAAGUUCUGCAUUAGAUCUCAGUACGUGGGCAGCUCCCAUUGUAGCAUGUCUCGACGACAGAAGUGCGGACGUCCGGAAGGGUGCUCAGGCUGCGUUGCCGUUCGUCAUUGCUCAAACAGGGUAUGACUAUGUUAUGCAGCAGACGAAUUCUUUGAAGCCUGCUUCCAGAAAUACCGUCGCACCUCUCGUCAAAGCUGCUGCAGCUGCGGCACCACAAAAGUCGAGUAAGCCGACUCCAGCUCCGAUUCCUGCGCCCAUCAAGACUUCGGCGGCGGCAGAGACGAUUACUCCUCCACCUCAAUCUCCUACGCCUGUCACUUCUCAGGUUUCUACGGCUCCGACGAGUAAGCUGGGUGGUGUACGUCGCAAACUUCCUCAAGGUUCCAUACCUCGACCAGAUUCGAGGGCGAGUGCCAAUGAUGACGCUCUCGGGGCUCCAGCUUCGUCACGCUUGCCUCCUAAAUCCGGUCUGGGAGGACUAAAGAAGCCCACGAGCGCAUUCACAUCCAAAUCCACCACCCCCUCUGCUCCUUCACCUACGAUGUCUUCUCUGUCACCAUUCGUAACUAUGAAUAUUGAGGCAAAGAAGUCUAGGCUAGCUAAAGACGGUGCUCGUUGGGUUAUAGAGAAUGGUCCGAUACGCAAAGAUCUCGUUGAAUUGCUUCAACUUCAAAUGGAGCCGCACGUAUCAAAGGACACCCUGUCUCUUCUGUUUAGCCGGGACCAUAAUGCCGUCAACGAUCAUGUAACCGGACUGACCGCGUUAUGCGACUUUUAUUCGGCGUUGGCAACAGGGGAUGAUAAAUACGGGUUUAGUGGACAAGAGCGAAACGACAUAGGCAUUGCAAAUGCAGACCUCGCUCUUAAGUAUGUCUCAAUACGCGUCCAUGAACCUCAACCGAACUUGAUAGGCAAAUGCCUUGACCUGGUGGAGGACGUAAUGGCGUUCUUGCGAGACGUUAACUACCAGUUAAGCGAUUCUGAAGCGUUGUGUUUUGUACCGACGGUCAUUAACAAGCUUGGCGACGCGCGUGAAGCCGUGCGAAUCCGAGUGCAACAGAUCAUUCAAGCGCUCCCGAAAGUCUAUGCAUAUAGCCGAAUCUUCCAGCUUUUGAUGGACUGUGGGUUAAAAUCUAAGGUUGCCAAAACUCGUCAAGGUACCUUAGACGAAACGGCCGGCAUACUCAAGCGCACGGGCGUAGCAGCGUGCGACCCCGCAAGGUCGUUCCCGGUUUUAGCAUCCAUGAUCUCGGACAAAGAUGCUGCUGUUCGCAAAUCAGCUUUGACUGCUCUUAGUGAGAGUUACUUAUUGGUAGGAGAAACGAUUUGGUCAUACGUCGGAUCCCUUACGCCAAAGGACAAAACUCAGCUUGAAGAGCGUUUACGACGUGUUGCAGGACCAAGUAACAUGGAAGCCUCAGAGGCGAAUGGACCUGUUCCAUUAACAGCCACGCCAGGGCCUGCAUCACGUCUGGCUUCAGGUGUUCCUAAGCCGGGUUCUCGAUUUGGCGGCAUCGGCAGCCUCCCGCGGCCAGCUUCUCCGUCCGUAGGACCUGCAUCUCGUCUUGCGCGACCGUCUUCUCCAGCUCGGGCUGUUGGCUCAACAACGGGUGAAGGUCAAACAGCUGGAACUCCUGCGCCGUCAUCUAAACUUCCAAAGGUUGGCCCUACUUCGCCUCGUCUCGCUAGACCAAAGAGCUUCCUGCCUUCGCGUCUUGGAAAUACUCGAAUUGCAGCACCGGCAUCCGUUGCUGCGUCUCAAACCCACGCUGAAGAUCGAGCUUCUGAUAGGCCUGUGCUUCGAUCACUAAAUGGGGACCAUCGUCGCCAACUAUCCGCUGCUACUGCCGACGUAGUUGAAGCGCCGGUACUCGGCGAAGAGACGGAAGGAGAUGAGAUCUCUUUGACUAUUUCGAAGAUUUUAAGCAGUGAUCCUUCACGUAGCGUCGAUGCCCUCAAACAGAUUCAGAGGAUAUUGGAAGUUAAUACGGAAGAUGGGACCCCGUCUCAACGAUAUACAGAGCUAUCGGAUCACACAGAAGGACUGAUUGAAACGAUUACUCUGCAGAUGGGUCACGUAUUUGAAAAUGCCUCCACUAUCGUCGAACCAGAGAAUUUCCGCCUUGCAAAGCACUUGAUCCAGACAAUCAAUGCGUUCUGUGAUCAUCCUCUGUUGGCCGAAUCGAUUCAGGUCGAAAACCUUACUGGCCUAUUCGAAGAGUUGACGCUUCGACUGCUCCAAACGGAUGAAAGCGAAAGCAGUAAAGUCAAGGAUUUGUCACGGUUUAUUAACAUGAUCAUCCUUCGCCUAUUUGCCACAUGCCGAAGAAUGGCUAUUUUAAGAUCAUUGUUUUCCCUUCUUCUACAGAUAGUUAAACCAUUCCCGGUGAACGGAACCCUCCCAGAUGCGAAAGAGGCAAAAGUUGCGGAACUGGUUCUGAAAUGUAUCUGGAAGUUGGCACGCAAUAUACCCACGGACCUCGAAAAACAGGAUUUAGACCCGGUGGAGUUGUUCCCUGCUAUUGAGCACUUCUUGCAGUCUAUCCCUCCGAACGAAUGGCGCGCUCGUGCAACGAACAAAGUCCCAAGUGGCGACAUGCCUUUGAGAACUAUCAAAGUAAUAAUUCAGCAUGUUGUUGCGUUCUAUGGUGAUGAAGUAUACGACCUGCUUUCUUCGUCAUUCGAGGACCCAUCGGCAACUAUCGUAUACCCUUAUGUCUAUCGAAUUCUUAAUACGAAUCGAGGAAACCAGGAAAAUGGAUCACAUCGACAGCCGACGAAUGGGUCCAGCGCUGGACGAUCCGAGUCAAGCCCGUCGGGCAGCCAGCCAACGAGCCCUCGAGCUAGGUCUUCGGUCGCCUCGACUGAACAUCGUACUUCCACGCCUAGUCGACAUACAUCUCAUAGCGGUGUUUCGAUGAACGACGGAGGAAUGCUCCCGCCUCCAGUUGAUGAACCGGAUCCGGAUGAGCAAUUGCUUACAAUCAUCAAUCAUAUUUCAAGCGAAGCUUCGGGUGCAAUGCAUAAGGAAGGGAUCACGGAGUUACACCAUUUCUUGAAAGCAUAUCCGCACAAGAAGCCUCGCGUGGAUAGGUUAUUGGAGAACACGGGACCAGCCUUCCGGAAAUACAUUGCGCGUGCGUUAGCAAGCAGAGCUGCGGAAGACGCGGAACGCACUGUCGCGGUAGCCGACACUCUUUCGAAGCUCGAGUCUAACGGCUCGUCUGGAGUCAUUGCCCAUCGCGGAUCGGUGUCACCCAAAUCACCUACGUCACCUAGGAGAGCUAGUGGUGCAAUUGAGCUAAAUCCUGCUGAACAAGAAAAGCUUCAUCGUUUGCAUGACUUGUUCCAGUAUCGCUCCAGCACGACGAGCAAUGGGUCUCGGCCAAAAGACCCAGAUAGCAACUGAUUGAGACGGACACGAAACUACGAUCACGUGUUUCCCUGACAUCUGCACUUACCUCUUAUUUCGUUUCGGUUUUUAAUUUUGUACACGUUGUCGAUGCUCACUGUAAUUUUGGUGCAAUAAU